GGGGCGGGGCCGCGCCGCGUGAGGCGCCAGCUCGCGGCAGCCGGGGUCUCCUGAAAGCCGGGCGGGAUGGGGGAGCAGCCGAAGCAGCCGCGAGGAGCCUGACCGCCUUCCUGCCUGCCUGCCCCUGGUUCCCGCCUCCCUGGAAGGAGAAGAGGAGGAUGCGCGUUUCUGCCCUUGCGAGAAGCCGCUCUGUGUGGCCGCCGAGCAAAGCUAUGUGCUGAAGCCGGAGAUCGCGACGACAUGGGAGUUCCCGUGUGCUUUGUGACUUGCGGUUUUCUCCUGGCCCUGGUGCAGGGGCAUAGCUUAUUCACCUGCGAACCAAUUACUAUUUCCAGAUGUUCAGGAAUGACUUACAAUAUGACUUUUUUCCCAAAUAUCAUGGGACACUAUGACCAGGACACUGCUGCUCUCCAAAUGGAGCCUUUUCUUACUCUUAUGAAUCUUCACUGUUCACCAGACAUCCACACAUUUCUGUGCAAAGCGUUUGUCCCUGCCUGCCUGGAGCAAGUUCACGUGAUUCACCCUUGUCGAAGCCUCUGUGAGAAAGUAUAUUCUGACUGUAAACAAUUGAUUGACACUUUUGGUAUCACAUGGCCUGAAGAGCUGGAAUGUAACAGACUGGUCAAUUGUGACGAGACUGCUCCUGCUGCUGUAACCACAAAUGUACAUGGAACUCAGAAGACCCCAGGACAGACCCGAAGGGAUUACGGAUUCUGGUGUCCACGACACCUACACACUACCAAUGGACAAGGCUACAAGUUUCUAGGAAUUGAUCAGUGUGCACCCCCAUGUCCCAAUAUGUACUUCAAAAAUUAUGAAUUGGAUGUUGCAAAAAGCUUCAUUGGAAUAGUUUCAAUUUUUUGUCUUUGUGCUACUCUUUUCACAUUCCUGACUUUUCUGAUUGAUGUUAAAAGGUUCAGAUACCCAGAGAGACCAAUCAUAUAUUAUUCAGUCUGUUACAGCAUAGUGUCUCUUAUGUACUUUAUUGGAUUCUUACUUGGAAAUAGAACUGCCUGUAACAAGGCAGAUGAUAAGUUAGAAAUUGGUGAAACAGUGGUUCUUGGUUCUCAAAACAAAGCCUGUACUGUCCUCUUCAUGGUUUUGUAUUUUUUCACCAUGGCAGGAACUAUAUGGUGGGUGAUUCUUACAAUCACGUGGUUCCUUGCUGCAGGAAGAAAAUGGAGUUGUGAAGCUAUUGCACAGAAGGCCAUGUGGUUCCAUGCAGUUGCAUGGGGGAUACCUGGUUUUCUAACCAUUAUGCUUCUUGCAAUGAACAAAGUUGAAGGGGACAAUAUCAGUGGAGUUUGUUUUGUGGGUCUCUAUGAUCUGGAUGCAUCUCUGUACUUUGUGCUUUUGCCAUUGUGCCUUUGUGUUUUUGUUGGUCUCUCUCUUCUUUUAGCUGGUAUUAUCUCUUUAAAUCAUGUGCGGCAAGUCAUACAGCAUGAUGGCAGGAACCAAGAGAAACUAAAGAAAUUUAUGAUUCGAAUUGGAGUUUUUAGUGGGUUAUACUUGGUGCCACUUGUUGCACUACUUGGAUGUUAUGUCUAUGAACUGGUGAAUCGGAAAAUCUGGGAAACAACUUGGGUCUUCGACCACUGUAACCAGUACCAUAUUCCUUGUCCUUAUCAGGCAAAGGCAUUAGCAAGACCAGAAAUAUUUUUGUUUCUGAUGAAAUAUCUACUGACAUUAAUUGUUGGCAUAUCUCCAGUCUUUUGGGUGGGAAGUAAAAAGACCUGUUCUGAAUGGGCCAAUUUCUUCAACAGAAACCGCAAAAGAGAUCCAAUCAGUGAGAGCCGAAGAGUACUGCAAGAAUCAUGUGAAUUUUUCUUGAGGCACAAUUCCAAAGUUAAGCAUAAAAAGAAGCACUACAAAUCCAGUUCACACAGAUUGAAAGUUAUUUCUAAGUCAAUGGGGACUAGUACAGGUGGCACAACAAAUCAUGGAACUUCUGCAGCAGCAAUCACUAAUCAUGAUUACUUAAGCCAGGAAACUAUUACAGAGAUUAAAACAUCCCCAGAAACGUCUGAGAAAGAGGUGGAGGCAGAUGGAACAUCAACCCAGAAGGUCAAGGAAGGUGACGAUUUGUAUGGAGAUCAAAUGUUAUCUAGUUCUAAACUGACUAUCGAUCAGGUGGAAAAAAGAGGCAAAGUAGGUAAUACGUGUGAUAUGAGUAGCUUGUCUGAGAGUAUGAAGAGACUAGGUGAAGGAAGGAUAACUCCUAAAAAUGAUUUUACUGAAUCUCUUCCAUUACAAAGCAGCAGUUCCCAAAUACCUGAUGUCUCACAGUCUGGUUCCAUGUCACUACUUGUCUACUCAGCUUCAGACACUAGAAAAGAGUUGGAUUCUGGAAACAGUUUAAACCCUUGAGUGAGAGAAAUUUUUCAUAAGAACAUUUUCAGUUUAUAAAACUGAUAAGGAUUCUGUGUUACACUGGAAAUAAUUGAUAUUCUGUGCCUUAUUAAAAAAAAAAAACAUGUACCUUGUUUUGCACUUAUAGAAAUGUAAGUUCUGUAGUGGGGACAACUAGCAAUAACGUACUGUAUUUAAUCCCAUCCAGGAAUAAUAGAAACUGAAAUUAUGUAAGACACAGCUGGACUGACUGGCAGUAAUUUGAAAGAGAUGUGAGUAACAAAUAUUAUUCUCAAUAAUAAAAACACUUUGUAAUAACUUGCAUUAAAAUAAUGCAUGGAAAGCAGUGUUACUUUUCAAGGCAUAAAGUUCCAUCUGCAUCUUCGGUAUUUUUCAGAUCUUCUUAACAAUUCUGUUUUUUAAAACUAUAUUUUAAAAGGCUGUAUCACUUAAAAUUGAGAGAUAAAGGUAUAAAUACUUUUAAGGUAUGUAUCAUGAGAUCAAUUGUAGCAUUGUUUUUAUGGUAGUUUCUACACUGAAUAUGAAAGGGAAUCUGGAAUUACAGUGAUUUAUUUUGUACAUAGAAAUAUGUAAAUAACUGACUGCGUAAGAACUACUGUUUUGUAUGUAUUGUAAAAACAAGGAUAAUGUGCUUCCAGCAGAUAUUACUAAAAUCAACAGUCUUGUGGUAUUCCAACAACAUAAUUUAGUUCAGAGGAGAACAGAAAAUACCUUUAUACAUAAUGUGCACCAUACACUGCACAUCCAGCAGUACUUCCAAAAAUGCUUCAAGCGCAUCCUGGUGUGGUAUUUCCGGGGCACCAUGCCAGACGAGAAACACAGCAGAUACCUGAAGACAUGAGGAUAGAAUUGGAAGUAUACUUUAUCUACUGAGCUGCAAUGAAAGUGUAUCUGUUUCCCUUUGUUUCUAUGCAACUGACUUGAAUUUUUAAAAAUUCUGUGGAAAAAUAUCAUGCAGAAAAUAAAUUUUUGAGUUAAUAUAUAGGCUUUUCAACAAUAUUUUUACUUAAAACCUUAAUGCUUUUUCUAUAAAAUUUAAUUUUCUAUAUGCUAUAGCAAUAUAUUUUCUUUAAAUCAAAUAGACCUUAAUACAGGUAGCCUUUUUAUUGAGAAGGUUGUUUUCAAGAGCAAGUACUAAUUACUUGACAUGGAUAAGAAUUUCACGGUUUGAAUUUUAAGAAAUCCUAGCUCUAGUCAGUGUGAUUGAUUGAGUUAAUUUGGAGCUAGGAUUUUGCGGUUUGUCUAACACUAAAAGUCAAUGAAUUUUGUAAGACUGUUCAGCAUCUUGCGUAUUUGUUACUGAUGAUAAUACAGCUCUUAAAUUGAUAUAUUCAUUUUGAUACUAGGCACAGAAAUUACUCCUUCUAGUUUUACAGUUUUCGUGGUGAUGCUUUGAACAGUCACGCAAAACUGCAUAAUAUAAAGGUCAUGUAAAUGCUGAUUCAAUAGGAAACAUAAUUCUGGUAAACCAAAGUUUUAUCAGUCAUGUAUUUAAAAAUUGAAUGUAUUCAGCUUAUAUUGUCUUCUGCUUUUUAACAUUUGUAACUUAUUGCCUUAAAUAGGAUGUGCCAUUUCGUUUAUAGUUUGCCCUUUAAAAAUAUAUAUAGUAUUCUUGCUGCUGAAAAGGACAAUGGAAAAAAAUCUGAAAUGCCUUUUGUGAAAAUGCACACUAAAUACCCUUCACUCCUGUAGUCAUAUUUGUAAACAGAAAAAUUUAUACACACUUUCAAUAGUUUUGUUAUUAUUGGUUUUGUUAGUAAUAAAAUAUACUAUUGUAUAGUAA